CCUUAAAGGGUUAACAUUAUCUUAAUUUUUUCACUGGUUACGUCUUUGAUCUAAACUCGAUAUUUAUUUUAGUCUAGAUGGUGUUGAUUUCCUCAACACAAUUUUUGUAAAGUUGUUUCAUUUGUUAAUUUAUUUAUUGUGAAAUUUCUCACGGAAUGUAGAAGUAAGGAUAAAGCACAUUUUAGUUGAAAACGUGAUGGCUGUUAGUAUGGUUUUAAAAGUGUGGUUGUUUUCUGUGAUUGUUUCAAUAAAUGCGUUUAAAUUGGAGAAAAAUGGAGAAAAAUAUUUAAAUGGAUUAAAUGAAAUUGCAGAGUUUAAGGAAAUGCAUGCUGGAGGUGGGAACUGUGAAGCAGAUGCAGAAUGUGCAUAUGGUGGCAUUUGCAAGGAUUCUGGGACACAUAGGAGUUGCGCUUGCAAGCGGGGAUUAGAUGGAGAAUAUUGUGAGGAGGUCGUGGACUGCGUGAGUGGUAAAUACAAAAACUGUAAAGGUGCUAAUGGUACUUGCGUCUACGCCAUUCAGCUGGAAGAAGCUAUUUGCUCUUGUGAGGUAUAUCAAGUCCUCGAUAAUAAAACUAAUAUUUGUAAAGAGGUUCGCUGUGAGAAAAGAAAAUGUAUUGGAGGUACAUGCAGAGUUAUAGGUGGCAAGGAAAUAUGCAGAUGCCCCAAAAAACACAUACUCCAUGACGAUCGUUGUGUCGAGUGUGAUUGUGGGGUAGCUAAGUGCACACUUGAUGAAAAUGGCAUACCCAAACCUUGUAGUUGUGAUGCGAAAAUGAAACUUCACGACGGAAAAUGUCGAACUUGCGACUGUGGGGAUGGAGAAUGUGAACUCGACGCAGAUGGAAGACCAAAAUGUAUAUGUUAUGGCAAGUUAAAAGAAUUCAAUGGAAAAUGUAUAAAUUGUGACUGCGGAGAUGGGGUUUGUCAACUUGACUCGAAUGGUAAACCCAAACCUUGUGAAUGCUUUGGAAAAUUAAAAGAAUUUAAUAAAAAGUGUAUAAAGUGCGACUGUGGAGAUGGGGUUUGUGAACUUGACGCUGAUGGUAAACCCAAACCCUGUGAAUGCUUUGGGAAACUAAAAGAAUUUAAUAGAAUGUGUAAAAAAUGUGACUGUGGCGAUGGACUAUGUGAACUAGAUGUAUAUGGGAACCAAAAACCUUGUGUCUGUGAAGGAAAACAACAAAAAUAUAACGGGAUAUGUAAAAGCUGUGAUUGUGGUGAUGGAAAAUGUGAACUAAAUUCAAAUGGUACACCAAAACCAUGUGUCUGCACUGGAAUAUUAAAAGAUUACCGAGGAAAGUGUAAAGCCUGUGAUUGUGGAGAUGGAAAAUGUGAACUAAAUUCAGAUGGUACACCAAAACCAUGUGCCUGUACUGGAAUAUUAAAAGAUUACCGAGGAAAGUGUAAAGCCUGUGAUUGUGGUGAUGGAAAAUGUGAACUAAAUUCAGAGGGUACUCCAAAACCUUGUGUUUGCACUGGAAUAUUAAAAGAUUACAGAGGAAAGUGUAAAGCCUGUGAUUGUGGAGAUGGAAAAUGUGAACUAAAUUCAGAUGGUAUACCGAAACCUUGUGUUUGUACUGGAAUAUUAAAAGAUUACAAAGGAAAGUGCAAAGUUUGUGAUUGUGGAGAUGGAAAAUGCGAACUUAAUACAGAUGGUUCGCCAAAACCUUGUGUCUGCACUGGGAUAUUAAAAAAUUAUAGAGGAAAGUGUAAAGCUUGUGAUUGUGGAGAUGGAAAAUGUGAACUUAAUUCAGAUGGUACUCCAAAACCUUGUGUCUGUAAGGGAAUAUUAAAACAUUACAGAGGAAAGUGUAAAGCUUGUGAUUGUGGAGAUGGAAAAUGUGAACUAAAUUCAGAUGGUACACCGAAACCUUGUAACUGUACUGGAAUAUUAAAAGAUUACAGAGGGAAGUGUAAAGCUUGUGAUUGUGGAGAUGGAAAAUGUGAACUAAAUUCAGAUGGUACACCGAAACCUUGCAACUGUUCUGGAAUAUUAAAAAAUUACAGAGGAAAGUGUAAAGCUUGUGAUUGUGGAGAUGGAAAAUGUGAACUAAAUUCAGAUGGUAUACCGAAACCUUGUAACUGUACUGGAAUAUUAAAAGAUUACAGAGGGAAGUGUAAAGCUUGUGAUUGUGGAGAUGGAAAAUGUGAACUAAAUUCAGAUGGUACACCGAAACCUUGCAACUGUGCUGGAAUAUUAAAAGAUUACAGAGGAAAGUGUAAAGCUUGUGAUUGUGGAGAUGGAAAAUGUGAACUGAAUUCAGAUGGUGCACCGAAACCUUGUGUCUGUACUGGAAUAUUAAAACAUUUCAGAGGAAAGUGUAAAGCUUGUGAUUGCGGAGAUGGAAAAUGUGAACUAAAUUCCGAUGGUACACCGAAACCUUGUGUCUGUACUGGAAUAUUAAAAGAUUACAGAGGAAAGUGCAAAGCUUGUGAUUGUGGAGAUGGAAAAUGUGAACUUGACACAGAUGGUACUCCCAAACCUUGUGUCUGCACUGGAAUAUUAAAAAAUUACAGAGGAAAGUGUAAAGAGUGCGACUGUGGAAAAAAUGGUUUAUGCGUUAUUGAAGAUGGAAGGAAAAAGUGCAACUGUUAUGAUAAGUACUCUGAAAAAGAAGGCUACUGCCAAGCCUGUGAUUGUGGUAAAGGAGCUACGAACUGCAGCUUUGUAAGAGGAGAAAAAACCUGUAAUUGUUCGUAUGGAUAUGAGUUUGAUAUAGAUACCGGAAAAUGCAAAGCAAAAGACGCCUGUGAUCCCAAUCCGUGUGUGAAUGGAUAUUGUUCCAAAACAGAUAAUGAUUUUCUAUGUGUGUGUGUUUCGCCCUUUACUGGUAGAUUCUGCGAAAUAAGCACUUGCAUAGAAACUGAAUGUUACGGGGGAAGAUGUGAGAUUCAUGGAGACUUGGAAUAUUGCUUUUGUCCAGACGGUUUCGAAUUGCAGAACGGAACUUGCACAAAAACUGCAUGCACAAUCAAGAAAUGUUGGUAUGGAAAGUGUAUUCUCAAUGGUGAAGAAGAAAAAUGCAUCUGCCCUGAUAAUCACAUAUUAGUAGCUGAUUUUUGUCGAAGAACUAAGUGUUCAGAUGAUAGUUGCAUUGGUGGAAAUUGUACGAUUUCUAGUGAAAAUGAAGAGUACUGUAAAUGUCCUCCUGGUUAUUCUGUGAAAGGCAAAAUUUGCAAAAAAACCAAAUGCGUUCCUGCCCUCUGUUAUGGAGGACGGUGUGAAGAACAAGAAGACGGAGAACUUGUGUGCGUUUGUCCUAAAGGAUAUCAUCUUGAAGACAUAGGAUGCAAAGAGACAAUAUGUUUAAAAAAGAAUUGCUAUGGAGGUAAAUGUCAAGUGAUUGAUGGGGAAGAAAUCUGCAAUUGCAGAGAGGGAUAUUACGAAAAGGAAGACGUUUGUCAAAAAAUACUUUGUCAAAAACCAUGUUAUGGAGGUCAAUGCAUAAUUGUUGAAGGAAAGGAAGAAUGCUCCUGCCCUGUAGGAUAUAAAUUUGAUGGAGAAUCUUGCAUAAAAGCAUGAAGGUUUCCUUUGAACACCAGUUGGAGGUAAAAAAUAGACAAAAUAUGUGAUAAUUGCUACUGAAAAUAGAAAAAAGAGAACAAUAUAUUAUUCCAUACAUACAUAAAGCGAAUAAGAAGAAAAUAUUAUUUGCCCAACAACUUGACAUUUUACAAUAAUUUGAUGUCUUAAAAAUACUUACAUGAAUAUACCGCUGGCAGUACGUCGAAAACAAAAAUAUAUCAAUUGUCAAAGUAGUGCAUUUUUAAGUUUUUGUCUUGAAGCUAAUGGCAAAUUUUAAUGUAAAGUUUUUGUUCUUUGAAAAUUUAUCUGAAAUUUUGUUAAGUUUUGAAUGAUUUAAGUGAUGUAGCGAAUUUAUUGUUAUAUUUGUUUUACACAUUUGUAUGACGUUUCAAUAAACUUUUUUGUCUUUC